UUAUGCUUUUGAAAUCCUACUCACAUGACAAGCCAGCAGCCCAGGAGGUAGCCAAGUUCUUCUAUAUAAGUAAGGAGACAUGGCAACCUCUUCACCCUCAAGUCUUCGACACACACUCUCCAACUCCACGCAACUUCUCUCACCUUCUUUGUUCCUAGCAUUUGCCCAGUACUCAGUCGAGCUGGCAACCGAAAAGCUUGACAUCUUCGUCGGCGAUGCCGGCUCAUGCCUCGACGACAAAGGAGGCGACGAGGCGGUGACCAGCAGCAAGGCGGUGGUGGAGGAGCUCUACCGUGCGCUGGACCGCGGGGACGUGGACGCCGUGCGCCGGCUGCUGAACCCGGACGUGGACUGGUGGUUCCACGGCCCCCGCGCGCACCAGCACCUUGUGCUUAUGCGCCUGCUCACCGGCCGCCGCCGCGGUGGCGGCCUCCCGUUCAAGAUCCGGUCGCUGGACGCGUUCGGGGCGACCGUGCUGGCCGAGGGCACCGACGCGACGGGGGCGCUGUACUGGGUGCACGCGUGGACCGUGGGGCCCGGUGGCCGCGUCACCGAGGUGCGCGAGUACUGCAACACCGCGCUCGUCGUGACGAGGCUCGGUGGCGGUGGGGAUGCGGCGGCGCCGGCGGUUUCAGGAGCGGCGGCGACGACCGAGGAUGUGUGCUGCUCCAAGACCCGGCAGGUGUGGCAGAGCCGGCUGCCGGACAAGGCUCGGAGGAAUCUUCCUGGCCUCGUGCUUGCCAUCUGAGCUGAUCUGAUAGCUGAACUCCUGACGCAAACUGGCCUUGUGGCUUACAGAGUUCUGCUUUUGCAGACACUAGAAUACAGCUCCGUAUGAGAGCAGGUAUUAUAGAGCAGGCUGCCUUAUUUGGUUUGGCCCUAGAAGAAACUAGAAGACACCGAUUAUUAGGAGUGUUAAAUAAAGACAAUUUACAAAACCAAUUCCAGAACCCCUACGCUAAUCUAAUGAGUUA